GCCUGUCGAUUUGUAGGCUAUAGACCGAUGGAAAUGUAUUAUUUAAUACAACUGAACGAAGGCAAGUUGUAAUCAUCCUCACAGUUAACCUUGCUGUUGGUGGCUAUGGUUUGAUAAGAUACGUUUUUGUCAAUGAUACAAUGUAUUUGCUUAUUAGUCAUACAUUUUUGUCAUUUUUCACUGGGUCAACAUCUGUCCACUGGAAACCGUGUAUUGAUUUCCUCAGUUACCGGUUCAAACGAUUUUCAGAUUCACGUGGGGUGUAGUAGUAAGUGGGCAGGUUCUGAAGUCAUGUGAGUCUGCUGUAUUUCUCCCGCCACUUACUCGAAUCCGCCCCUUUCAGUGAUGUCAACGGAGAGCUCUUUGAGUGGAAAGAGGAAAUAUGGGUUUCUCCUGUCACGUUUCCAUAUAUUUACCAUAUUUCUUUGUAGACUAUUCGUUUACUGUAGCUAGUUAACUCGGUUUGUAUUGUUUUGAAUGACAUCAGACAUGGUAUCAUGAAGAUACUGUAAGAUUAGACCCACAUCGACCCCAUACUCAACUCUCAGUUUGAUAUGUUCACUUCACAUAAGUUAACAUUUUGAAAAGUGUAUUUUUGAUUUUGAGUACUUAUAACAGAAAUACCCAGUAAUGUGAUAAUGGAUAAUACAGGGAUUUUAAUGUCUCCCUCGGAGUCUAUAUGUAAAAACAGGCUGAGGCCUUAAAUAUGAUUUGUAAUGUAACUUCUAACUAUACUGAUGUCUUAGUCAUGGGGCAUGCCUUCAAAUUCUCAGACAUGUCUCAUGUAAUGACUUCAGGCCAGUCUGUUCUGCAGCCUUGCCCAUGUGUGACUGCCCACCCUGUCAGGUGAUUUCUCUCAGCAGACAGACAGGGAAAGAGAGACACGGAGAAGUAGGCUAGAGUAGAUACAUUCACAACAGGAGCUCCUUGGGAUAUGAUUUUCUCUCCCAGGUUUUUUAAAAACAAAAUGAGAACAGAAAAGUCCAACUCAUGAGGAUGGGGUUGAGUUUGCUUUGAGUGGAAUUUUGUGUAAAUAAUUUGACUGACUGUUACAGAUCUACUUCCAGUUUGAUCUGGCAAAGUUCCCCCUGCAUGUCUCAAAGGGCCCCAUCCCGGAUAUCUCCUACAAUUUAGUAAACGGGAUCCCAUCUUCCCCCACUUCCUACUUCUUAUGCACUUCAAGGAAAUAAUACAUUUGCAACUCUCUAUGUGUAAAAAUUAUAAUAGAACUGAUUUUUCUUGCAUGGCAAUGAAUGCUAAAGAAUGUGGUUCCUUGUCAAAAAUGUAUACAUUUAGCUUACAGUUACAUAAAUACAGCUUGUGUAAUUAUCUCCUAAAGGAGUAAUAGAAGCCUCUGCUUCCCUUUGGGUAAACUUUGUUAUUGCAAGGGAAGGUUCUUUACCAUGAGAGUGCUCUGUGGUCAUAGAGCAAGAAUAUGAGGGCUGGGAUUUGACACUCAACACACCUGAACCCCUAUUUAACCAUUGUCUGACAGGGAAAUAGAUAGAAAAUUGUGAAACAUGACAAUAGUGUCAGUUGAUAGUAGUGGUACAUUCAGACUAGUUAUGUAAUUACAUGAAAUAUGUUUUUCUUAAAUUAUGGAUGAACACUGGUGCCUAGUAGUUAUUGUACUCCAGUCAUAAUGGUUGAUGUUCAGGACUUGUCUCUACAUGUCCAUAGAGCUUUGCCCAGACAUGUACUAGAUCAGGAAAGUAGGAAGGCUUUGUGAAUCACUGUCUGAUGGCUGUUAAAUACAACUGCAGCGUUCUCAAUACACAGUCCAGUUCCUCCGUUACACAUAUGAAGUAAGUUACAAUUAAGAUUUUGAGGGAGGUUUACUUGUGCAUAAAUGAACCAGAACAACCAUGGCCAGUCGUAAGCGCAUCCUGAGCUCUCUGGGGAAAAGUCCUGCCAGGCAGAACCUGUUUGGCCCAGUUGACCGUGAGCAGCUACAGCAGGAGUACCAGGACACCCUGCGCAGAGACCUGGAGGACGCCUGUCGCCGCUGGGGCUUCGACUUCCUGUCAGAUAAGCCUCUGGCUGAGGGAGACUUCCAGUGGGAAGAGGUACCGGGCACCAAGGUGCCUCUUCUCUACCUGCCCUGCCUGUUGAGUCAGGGGGAGGCACAGAAGAUCAGAGGGCCGGCAGCAUCCACAGGGAGGGUCAGGGCGGGGCCAUGGCACCGUGGCAAGGAAAACAUCCCUUGCACCCCUGAGAAGUACAGAGCCAACCUCCAGAACCUGGAGAAACCGCAAGACAAGAACGAGAACAAACUGAAGAGGAAACAGACCAACCUCACAGAUUUCUACCAAGCCAAGAAGAGAGUGGUGGGUACGUCGCUAAAGUCAGGCCGGUGAUUUCAGAGACACAGUCACAGCUGCCAGGGAGCCAACAGUCGGACAAAACCACAGCAAGCACUACUUCUCUCAGGAACCCACACGCUGAAUAGACUGAGUACAUACAGUACACUUACCAGAAGGAAUACAUAACCAAUCCUCUGAACAAACGCAGUGAAAAAUGAAACAACCUAUUUUAUUGCAUCCAUUACCGAUGCAUACUGUUUUAUUUUAAUAUCCAUGUAGGUUAACCGAUGUACAAUUGAUUUCAAUGUAAGGGGGCUUGUGUUCUCCCUGUGGUAAGGGAGGGACAUUCUAAUCGUGCAUCCAUGACCAUUUGUGAGUCAUGAAAGAACAUCCUCUGCACCUUUAUGACCGUUUAGUGUAAGGAAGACUUGAAAAUCUAAGUCUGGACAGUUAAGGUCCUGCAUUCCACAGCACUGAUAUAGACCAAUCGAAACCAUGCCCCUGGGUCUAUGCCUAAAUCUUCUUGUUUUGAUGACAUGUUGUAAUUAUGAAACCAUACUGUUUAUGGUGCUGAGUUUGAAUCUACUGUAAUAUGGUGUCAUAUUGAGAGGACGCUUGAAAAAAAUGACCACAACAACACAAUAGUCUUCAACAGUCUUUCCAGUUCAAAUGUAUGGAUUGAUGUUUUUUUCAUUAUGCUGUGUCUCUCAUGAAGAGGGCCAGGAAUCAUGUUAUUGUCUGUCAUUUGCAAGCACUUCCUUUCCAAUGUAUGCAUUGUUGUACAUGAGAUUUCACAAUUUAAAUAUGUGUCUCAACAUGUACUCAUAGGAAUCUACUUGAAGGGUACUGCUCUGCAUAAAAUUAUGCAAACUCCUA